AUGAGGCUUGCCAGGAGCUCAUUGUCACUUGCUAUCACGCGUCCAUCAUGUCUUUCUUUGACGGCUAGAAAAUUGCCAUUGGCUGCCAUAUCAGCCCUGCCAAUCACAUCCAGCGUCCACAAAUCUGCAUCCUCCACUGUCGGAAGGUCACUGCAUGGUUCGAGGCAUCAGAGCGGCAUUCCUCAAUUCUCGACCAAAUUCUAUGGUGAACCUACCAUAUAUGCCUUGUCUACUGCCCCCGGUCGCGCUGCUAUUGCCAUCAUUCGCAUCUCUGGUCCAGCAUGUAAUGAUAUCUACCAGGCUCUUUGCCCAGGACAAAAGCCCUUGAAGCCUCGCUACGCUGCUGUGCGUACCUUGUACCGUCCUGGAGCUAGAGCUUCACCUGACAACCUCCUGGACUCAAGUGCUCUGCUACUUUAUUUUCCUGCUCCAAAUACUGCAACAGGAGAGGAUCUUCUCGAGCUGCAUGUGCACGGUGGCACGGCUGUUGUUAGAGCUGUUUUGUCUGCUAUAUCUCAGUGCUCAUCUGCAAUUGGUGCUAUUCGGUAUGCAGAGGCUGGCGAGUUCACUCGAAGAGCCUUCAUGAAUGAUCGUCUGGACUUGACCCAGGUCGAAGCUUUGGGAGACACGCUUUCUGCAAAUACUGAGCAACAGCGUCGAUUGUCAGUCCGUGGUACCACCAACACCCUCUCGCUCCGCUACGAAUCAUGGCGUCAGAUGCUUCUCGCAGCUAGAGGUGAGCUCGAGGCUCUGAUUGACUUUUCCGAAGAUCAGCACUUCGAUGAGUCGCCAGCCGAACUCGCCUCUUCUGUUGCCGGACAGGUCCAAGACUUAGUUCUUCUGAUUGAUACCCAUCGCCGCAAUGCAAUGCGCGGAGAGCUACUUAGGAACGGUAUUGCUAUCAGUCUGCUUGGUGCACCUAAUGCUGGCAAGAGCAGUCUUCUCAAUCGUAUUGUGGGCCGCGAAGCUGCUAUCGUCAGUCAAGAAGCAGGCACCACUCGUGAUGUGGUUGAAGUGGGUAUCGAUCUAGGUGGCUACCUUUGCCGCUUGGGCGACACUGCUGGUUUAAGAAGCGCCGUUCUUGCUACCGCUCAAGCUCAAAAAGAGCAUAUGCAAGAAAAAAUCAGUAUGAUCGAGAAAGAGGGCAUGAGGCGUGCCAAGCAGCGAGCCAUUGAAAGCGACGUCGUAAUCGUUGUUCUGUCGCUAGAACAAGAGGACAAGAAAGUAGUCUUGAGACCAGAUCCCGAGGUCACCGAUACUGCUGCCGAGCUUGCAAAACAAAAGUCGAAUGUGCUAGUUGUACUCAACAAGAUCGACCUGCUUUCGGGCCACGCAUCCGAGCUAGAAAACUUCAGACGACAAGUCGCAGAUGCGCUUCCGCACGUACGACUCGAAAACAUUUUCGCCAUCUCUUGUAAAGAUGCAGAGUCAUCAGUCUCAAUUGAUACUGGACACAUCCCGACUUUCCUCUCUGGUCUCAUUCGACAAUUCGAAGACAUGACUUCGGCAGUCGCAGCUACCGACGACGACACAGAUCCUUCCAUCUGGCAAGAAUCGUUGGGUGCGACAGAGCGCCACAGACUUCUCCUCGACGAAUGUCAAUUCCACCUUGAACAGUUCCUCAGCCAAGUAGAAAUUGGUACACAAAGCAACGCAGAGACAAGCCAAGAAGAACUGGAUGUUGAUAUUGUCCUCGCUGCGGAAAACCUCCGCGAUGCUGCAAAUUGUCUGGCAAGAAUCACUGGCAAAGGCGAAGCUGGAGACGUCGAAGAAGUGCUUGGAGUUGUUUUUGAGAAAUUCUGCGUUGGCAAAUGA